AUGCAUCAGCCUUAUCGCUCCUCCUCGACGGCCGCAGGUGGCAGGGCGGGCGGAGGGGAUGAAGGCCGUUGCCAGGGGUCAGGAUGGAGAGUUGCGGGUGGGCUCCGGGCCCUGGCCCUGCCGGGCGUGGUGGUACUGGUGCUGGGCUGGGGGCUGGGAUUCGGGGAGCGCUGCCCCGGGCCGCUCCUGCCCUUCGGCCGCUCGUGCUUCGAGGUGGUGCGGCUGCGGAGGCCUUUCCUCGACGCCCAGGGCCAAUGCCGGGCCCGGGGGGGACGCCUGGCUCUGGUCGGGGAUGAGGACACCCGGCGCUUCCUGACAGCCUGGCUCCCCGAGGGGCCAGCCUGGUGGAUCGGGCUCGCUGGGACCCCCGCCCGACACGUCUUGCCCAUCUUGCUUCCUUCUCAGGAGGAACGACUUGGUUGGACGAGUCAAACACCCAGCUACAGCAACUGGCCCGAGGACCCAAGCCCCGCAGCUCGGUGCGGCUACCUCGACCAGCAGUCCGGCUACCGGUGGGUCGCGACCGAGAACUGCAGCCAGGAGCUGGGCUUCAUUUGUGAGUUUGAGAGCGGCCAGAGCCUGGCCUGCCAAGGGUCCAAAGCCACGGUGCAGUGCGGCUCCGGGGAGGUCAUCCAGAUCGGCGACGGCAUCUACGCCGAGGAACCCCCAUUUCUGCGCCCCGCCCACCCCGCUCUCGACCCACUCGAGGACCCCUGCAGCUGGGUCAGCGUCAAGGAAGAAGUGGCCGGUAAAACCUGGGGAACGUGGGGAGCGACGGGGGGAACCCUCAAAUCCCAGAGGUCACCCAGGUCACUCUCCCCGACCCUUCCCACUUCCCCAUCGUCUCCCUCUUCCUGCUCCCACUCGCUCUCCCCGCCACCCACCGCCCAUUUCUCUGGCAUGGGGCGUCACGGCGGACAACCCUCCUCUGAAGCUCUGUUCCCGAUCCGCGCCGGAUCCUCGUGCCCCCCAGGGCAGUGCCAUGGACUCCAGGUGUGCCAAGUGGCGGCAGACGGGGCAUUUUUCGGAGACCUUUGCCCCACUUUGGGCAACUAUCUUUUAAUCCAGUACCACUGUGUCGAAGGCCUGCGGCUGCUGCUCCCCGACUCCGGGCUGGUCUCCGACGAGGUGACGAUCUCGAUGAGGUGGCUUCUCUCCCCCUACGCCGGAAACCUGUCCUGCAUCGUCGGAACCGGAGACGGACACAUCAUCGAUCCCUACUAUCCCCCCCACGUAAGCAGCAACGUGACGUACCGGUUUACAUCCCCCGUAUUUGCCGUGUUUGUGGAAUGCACGACCAGCGUGCACGUCACGGCCCAGAGGUCGCUGACCAUGGACAGAAUGGAGAGACUCCAUGUGGAUGGGUGCAGCGGCCAGUACGAGGCAGAAAACGGCUCCCACUGCCAAAACGCUCUACGGGGAGACCUUAUGGAUCAAGUCGAACUGGAUGGAGGAACUGGAGUGACAUACACCGUGCGAUGGGGCAACAUCUCCUUGACGGACUCCAGCACCACCCGGGGGGUCGUCCCCACAACCUGAUGCCCAGCGGGUGCGGUCCAGCGGCUGAUGGGCCCCGGAGAACACCGCCUGACCGUCGGGGCGACCAGCAACACCACCACGGCCGAGGUCUCGGAAACCGUCACGGUCCACCUCGUGGAACCCCUGGCUGGCCUGGCCACCGUGGCUUCCGAGCACGUGGAACUGGGCGGGGACGUCCUGGUCCAGGUGACAGCGGCCUGCGGGGCUCCGGCCGGGCUGAGGUUCGAAGCGGUCGGAGCCAACGAGACCUUCUCCUGUGAGAGAUGGGAUGGCCCUGGGAGAAUCGGGGGAUUACGGACCUUCCUGGUCAGGGUGCUGGCCAGCAAUGGCUUCUCGAACCUGAGCCUGGACAUUGGCACCAUCGUGGUAGCGGCCAACGAGUCCUCCUUCCAAGUAACCCCUGGAGACAGAGUGCCCUCUGGAGGAAGCCCCUGGAAGCUAAGUAGGAAUAAGGGGAGCCAGAAGAUGUACAUCCACCCCAGCCGUCUCGUGGCUCCUUGGGCUACGGUGACUUUGGGCUGGCCAAACAAGGACGAUGGCGACGUGAACUAUGAGUGGUCGUGCGGGAGCCUGCUGGCCUCUCUGGGAGCGCUGCGUCCAGCGGCAGCUCCUGCACACAGACCGGAAGGAGCUGGUGAUGGGCCUGACUGCCUGCCGCCCCCCGGCUCCGCUGGAACCGUGACCGGGACUGUCAGGGCAGCGGCAAGGAAGAGCGGCAGGAGGAGCAGUGUCUCUAUGUGGCAGCCAGGCCGUCCUGCACCCCAAAAUCAGGUCUACUCUUACCCUCUGUCUUGUGUGAGAAACUGCAAGCUGCAGAAUGCCAGUGAAGAAAUGGUGCUUAGGGUGACUUGGGCAGAAGCCCCAGGGGCAGUCGCGUACAGAUGGUAUUUGGAUAAUACCUUCCGAAGCAAGGCACCCCCUCUCCCUCAGCUCUGCCCUUUCAGGGGCUUCCGGCAAAGUUCUUUAACACUGCUGCAGAACAAUUCAUCGACGCUGAUAAUGAACAGCACUUUUCUGCAGCUCCUGGGUGACCCUGUUAGAAUUAAAGUGACAGCAAUGACUGAACAGGCAUACGGGGAAGAAAUGUACGUUGUCAGUUCUCUUCCUCCACCAGACCCACUGUUUUGUGCUGUAUUCCCUGAGGAGGGUCAGUCCUGACGCAGUUUCACCAUCUCCUGCAACACUUCCUCCUCCACUAUAUCAAGUCCUCCGGCAACCGCGGGCCCGCUCGAGUAUUGCUUCUGUCUGAAGCCAGAUUCUUGUCUUCACUGUGGCCCUGAACCAGGACUCCCAUCCAUUUAUCUGCCCCUUGGAGAGGAGAAUCAUUACAGGUUGGAAGUGAUCGUCACCGUGGCUAAUGAGGCUGGAGACACGGUCAAAACUUCUGCAGGAGUCAAGGUUCGACCCGAAGCCCCGAUGAGAGGAAACCAAACUCUCCAGGGGCUGGUGACCGAUGAAGUCAGCGGCAUUCUCCUGGCGGGUGAGAGAGACCAUGCUGAUGACUCUGUCUACCAUCAGCAUCCCGGAUCUGCAGGUGGCCCAGCUGAUGGCAGAGGUGCUGGCCGACAUCACUGUCCCACGGAGAGGAGCUCUUCCUCCUCAGCCCAGGUGGAAGCUGGAGGCCUGCUCCAGAAGACCAGCGUGGCCCUGCUCACGGUGACCCCGGCCACCAGUGGAGACGAGCAGAAGCGGGCCGGAGCCGCUGGGCACUUAUUCCGGGCCUUGGGCAGCGUGUUGGAGUCCUCGAUGAAUGACGCGGCCAAAGGCCCUGUGGGACCAGGCACCCCCCAGAGCGCAGUGUUGCCUCAGCUUCUGGACACGGUGGACAAUCUGCAAAGCACCCUCCUGCUGGGGAUGCUUCCAGGAGACCCCGCCACCAUGCUCACCACCCCGUCCGUCUCGCUCUACAUAAACAGGCUGCACUCCCGUGGUCUGAAUAGUUCGUCGUUCAGCAUCGAUCCCACAGAGUCGGCCACCUUUACUCUGCCCUCACUCGCUUCCUUUGACUUUUUAGAGGACAGCGACGAAACUGUGGAUGUAAGGAUGGUGAGUUUCUCGGGGAGCCCUUUCCCCUCAGGGGGCCGCUCUGUUGUCCGGGGAGCCGUGGGGGGCCUCAGCCUGACCAGCCCCGAGGGGAGGGUCCUACCGGUGAAGGACCUCAGGGAGGACAUCGAGAUCGUGCUGCCACGGACCGAAGGCGGCCAAGCCGGGCCCGCGCUGCUGCUCAAUCUGACCGGCCCCGGGACCGUGCUCGUGAACGUCCCCGCCGCCGCCGAGCCUCCCUGGUCAUUCAGCUGGAACCGGAACGGGACGCCCAUCCACGCUCUGCUCGGUCCCGGCCCACCACUCCGGACUCUGCUUCCCCGAGCCCCGGCCCUUGCAGGCGAAGCGUACACCUGGAUCCUGAGGCCGGAAGACCUCGUUUUUGGCGGUGGGACGUAUCACCUGGCGGUGAGCCAAGGAGUGGAGCCGGGGCCGGCCACGGGACGACCCCUCACGGUCGGCGUCACCUGCUUCGUGUCCCAGUGCGUGUUCUGGGACGAGGAACGGGGCAACUGGAGUCCCCGCGGCUGCCGGGUGGGACCCCGAACCACCAUCCACAGCACCCAGUGUCUCUGCGAUCACCUGACCUUCUUCGGCAGCACGUUCUCGUGCUCCCCAACGCCUCGCGUCGGCCAGACGGCCCAGCUGUUCGGCACCUUCGUGCAACCCGUGGUGGUGACCGCCGUCGGCUGCCUCUUCCUCGUGUACGUGCUGGUCGUCAUCUGGGCCAGGAGGAGAGACAUCCAGGAUAACGCCAGAGUGAAGAUCACGGUGCUCGAGGACAACGAUCCCUUCGCCCAGUACCGCUUUGUGACCGUCUUCACUGGACAUCGCGAGGGGCAGCCACAACGGCCAAGGUACUGGAAAGAGGGUGACCAUCACCUCCACGGCUCAGAGGCGGAGAGCGAGCCUCAUCAUUAUCGACCCGACACGCCGGUGUUCGAGCGAGGGCCGUGACAUGUUCUGCUCACCACUCUGUUCCCCUGGCGACAUACGGACAUCCGACUGUGGCACGACAACUCUGGGAAACACCCCUCCUGGUAGGCCACACGGGUGCUCGUCCACGACCUGGUCAUGGAUCAGAAAUGGAAUUUCCUGUGCCAUUCCUGGCUGUCCAUCGACGUGGGAGAAGGUGUCUUGGACAAAGUGUUCCCGGCCUCCUCCGAGCAGGAAAUGAAGCAGUUCGGCAACCUCUUCCUCCUGAAGACGUCGACGGGCUUCCAGGACGGACACAUCUGGUACUCGGUUUUCAGCCGCUCCCCGAGAAGCACGUUCACCAGAGCCCAGCGGGUGUCCUGCUGCUUCUCCCUCCUCCUCUGCACCAUGCUCACCAGCAUCAUGUUCUGGGGGAUCCCCAAGGACCCGGCAGAGCAGAAGAUGGAUCUGGGUAAAAUAGAGUUCACUUGGCAGGAAGUUAUGAUCGGGUUCGAGAGUUCCCUCCUCAUGUUCCCCAUCAACCUGCUCGUUGUUCAGAUCUUUCGGAACACCCGCCCGGGCCCCGAAGGAGCCGAAGGGUCAGAAACCGGGGAAGGGUUUGCGGGUGUCCCCAGACCUGCCUCCGCCUCCUCCUCCUCCUCCCACGGGCCGGGCACAGUGUCCGCCUCACUCCGAGGCCGUGGUCAAGGCAAGUGUUCAAGGUCUUUCUGCCAGCAGGAUAUACAGAGGAUCGCCGGCUCACUGUUUAAAACGCUGAAGGCCCCGUCACCUGCCUGGAGCUCAGAUUUGGGGAAACUGACGGACGUCAAUAAGCUAUUGGCCCUGAUGGAAGAGAUCAUUAUCCAGAAAAACAGAGAUGGGCGGAGUUUUACCGAGGAGAGGAAGAGAGAUUGUCCUCUCAUCAUCACCCUGGACUCUGUCGACUCCAAAGCAGGGAAGCCAAGAAGCCCCAGGUCGGAGAAGGGAGCGCAGGGCCGGCUCCGGCCCGGUGACUAUGGCCACUACCUCUAUGGCCAGCUGCAGCACUGGAGAGAGAGUGGACCUUCUGGGGCCCUGGGAUUCCCAGACCUCAGAGCUUCAUCCGGGCGGGUGCUCGUCCGGCCCCCGGGAGCCGGAAGCGGAGGAUCCUCUCCCAGAGGCCUGCCCUGGUGGUUUGGCGUCGUGGGCUGGCUCCUCGUCGCCGCCACCAGCGGGGUCUCGGCCUUCUUCACCAUGCUCUACGGGCUGCACUAUGGCCACGACCGGUCCAUUAAGUGGCUCUUCUCCAGUGUCUCAUUUUUCGAGAGUGUCUUCAUCACCCAGCCCCUUAAGGUUUUGGGUUUUGCUGCGUUCUUUGCCCUGGUCACGAAGAAAGUGGACAGGCAAGGGGUAGAGCCGGGAUUAGAACCAGGUCAUCUGUCUCCCAGCCCCGGGCCCGGACGUUUGGUUCAGACCCGGCGAGACAGUCGGAGCAACGUCUACCAACCCCCUCCCGCCGCCAGCGUCCAGAGGAUGAAGAAUCGUAUCAAGGAAGAGAAAGCGUUCGCCUUAAUUAGAGAAAUCCUGGCUCACCUGGGCUUUCUGUGGAUGCUACUGCUGGUCGCCUAUGGCCAGAGGGACCCGAACUCCUAUUACUUCAACAAGCACAUUGAAGACAGCUUUUCUCGUGGCUUCCUGGAUAUCGUCAGCUACCGGGACUUCUUCACGUGGGCAAGAACGACGUUAGUCGGAAACCUGUACGGCCCCUAUCACGGCUUCAUUACAGACGGCAACUCCAAGUUGGUCGGCGGCGCCCGGAUCCGCCAGGCGAGGGUGCGAAGCCCCGCCUGCCCCGCCGCCCUGCGGCUGAAGCCCCCCGGCGUGGAGUGCCACCCCCCUUAUUCCCUGGACGCGGAGGACACGGCGGAUUACGGAGAGCGCUGGAGCGCUCCGGCCCGCAACGGGACGCCCGGCUUCGCCCCGGCCUGGCGGUACCAGAGUCAGGCAAGCCUGCGUGGACACCCCAUCUGGGGCCGGCUGACCGUCUACCGCGGAGGGGGCUACGUGGUCCCCUUGGGAGCCCGCCCAGCCGACGCGAUCAGGGUCCUGCAGUAUCUGUUUGAGAAUACUUGGCUGGACACUCCACGCGGGCAGUGUUUGUGGAGGUUCACCGUCUACAACGCCAACGUCAACCUGUUCUGCAUUGUCACGCUGGCGUUCGAAACCAACGGCUUAGGAGCUUUCUUUACCCACACUGAGCUGCGGAGUGUCCGCCUUCACCCGUUCACCGACGGCUUGCACGUCUUCGUCGUGGCCGCCGAAGUCAUCUAUUUCCUGUUCCUCCUCUACUACAUGGUGGUUCAGGGCCGCCUCCUGAAGACCCUGAAAUGGAGCUACUUCCGCAGCAAGUGGAACCUGCUGGAGUCGGCCAUCAUCGUGAUCAGCUGGACCGCUCUGCUGGUCUUCGUCAAGAGGACGACGUUGGCCAGUCGGGACAUCGACUCCUACCGGGAGCGCCAGGACCAGUGCGUCAGCUUCGACGAGACGGCCACGGCGGACGCGGCCCUGGGCUACCUCCUCGCCUUCCUGGUGCUCCUGGCCACGGUCAAGCUGUGGCACCUGCUGAGGCUGAACCCCAAACUGAACACGAUCACCUCCACCCUCAGGAGGGCCUGGGGGGACGUCGCCGGCUUCGUCACCGUCAUUCUGGUCGUGUUCCUGGCCUACUCCGUCGCCGCAAACUUGAUUUUUGGGUGGAAGCUGAGGUCCUACAAAACCCUCGCUGACUCCGUGGAGACCAUGGUCAGCCUCCAGCUGGGAAUCUUCAACUACGAAGAGGUCUUGGACUCCAGUCCCGUGUUGGGAUCCUUCCUGAUUGGGUCCUGCAUCGUCUUCAUGACGUUCGUGGUGCUCAAUCUCUUCAUUUCCGUCAUCCUCGUCGCCUUCAGUGAAGAACAGAAACAAUACCAGCCCUCAGAAGAGGAGGAGAUUGUUGACCUGUUACUGAUGAAAAUCUUCAGUUUCUUCGGCGUGAAAUGCAAAAAGGAAGAGGCCAGGCCCAAGACUGAAAUCCAAGGAGAUCUGUCGGGCAUCUGCCAACACUGACAAAAUUUAGGGCUCCUCCCCAUUCUCUUUGAUCUUGUUCGAUUGGGUGUGAAAAUCAACCCUGAAACUGAGGCGGGCGUAAAACAGUCUUGACUAUUCUGUUCCUACCUUCUAAUUCUUUCCCAUGCUUCGGGUGUGUACUCUAGAGCUUUUAAUAAACCAUUUCUGCUGUCAUAAAAAA